GAAAUUUUCCAUGUCACAAUUCUUGUUGAAUCGUGUUGAGAACUUUUCUUUGUCCUCGUUCAAAUUAAAAAACCAAAAAAACUGAUUCUAAUUGCAGAAGCAUCCGGGUACUAGGCCAGCCCUCACAAUGUCUGUCCCUGUACGCUACUCUGCUGCCGCCAAUUACGCCGUCGCUGAUAGUGGUCUAAACAAUCAAGAAGAGCAAUAUCAUCAAUACUCUGAACAGGAUUUGUAUAACCACCAUUUCAACAGCCACUUGAACAACAACAUCAUCUACGGCUACAACAGCGUUUUGGAGGAGCAGCAGCAGUUGAUGCAGCAGAACACAUCGAUGUCUGUGAUGGUGAAGCCUGAAGACCUGGUUGCGGUAGGAGCAGGAAACAGCAGCAGCAGCAACAACACAAUGUCGUCGACCAACAACAUCGCCCCCUACCAUCUUCAACAUCACAUGGAUCAAGAGCAGGCCACAACAUCGGCCAAGGCCCGUGAAUUGUUGAUGGUCGGCCGUGGUGGCUCUGAUAAUACCGAUGUUCCCACAACAUCGGCGAUGGCGGCGGCGGCAGCAGCAGCUGAAUCUGCAAAUACUGCAGCCAAUAAUGGCAGCAGCCGUACUGCAGAGAUGCGAACUGAGUGGAUGAGGAUGUCUGACGAGGGCCGGUAUGGAACACCGGGUGCUGCUGGCUUGGAUUAUCAGAAAUUUGAGCUGGAACAACAACAACAAACACCUAACAAUCAUAUGGACCAAACCAUGGAGCCUUCGUUAACGGACAAUGAGAAGAAAACAACAACUAAUAACAAUUUGGAAGAUCAACUGGUAUCGCUAUCAUCUGAGGAGCUUUACAAUACUCUUAAGGAAUAUGAUGCAUUACAAGAUAAAUAUCACACCGUAUUAUUGUUGCCGAAAGAAUCAAGGCGUGAAGUUACAGCUGGUGGUCGUGAUGGCUCCGCUUAUGUUUUACGUUGCCUUAAAAUUUGGUAUGAGCUGCCCUCCGAUGUCUUAUUCUCAGCCAUGAGCUUAGUGGAUCGUUUCUUGGAUCGCAUGGCUGUUAAGCCAAAACAUAUGGCCUGUAUGAGUGUUGCCUCAUUCCAUUUGGCCAUUAAACAAUUGAAUUUGAAGCCUAUACCCGCCGAAGAUUUAGUUACAAUCUCACAGUGUGGCUGUACCGCUGGCGAUUUGGAACGUAUGGCUGGUGUCAUUGCCAAUAAACUGGGCGUACAAAUGGGUCAUGCACCCAUUACCUCGGUCAGCUAUUUGCGCAUCUACUAUGCCCUGUUCUAUAAUCUUGCCAAGGAGAUUGGCGGACAAUUCUUUGAAUUCUACAAGCAAUUGAUAAAAUUGGAAGAAUUGGAGAAUCGCUUGGAAAUUCUUUUGUGCGAUGUAAAAACAACCGUGAUAACACCAUCCACAUUAGCUUUGGUAUUGAUAUGCCUGCAUUUAGAUUUCCAUAUUAAGGAAUCAUAUACCCGUGGCAGCCCCGAAUUGAAGCAUGUCUUUGAGUAUAUACUCUUCUUGCAACAAUAUAUGAGGAUUCCCGAUCGUGUAUUCACCUGCGGUUUUAGCAUUGUUUCGGGCAUUUUGUCCCAUUACAAUGGACAAAAUAAACAGCCCUACAAGCAACGUUUGGUUUGGAAGCUUUCCAGCCGCACGUUGCGUGUAUUGCGCCCAACCAAUCGUUUUUCAACCGACCUGCCCACCAUUGAUGAAGGCAUUUCUAAUGUCAUGGACGAUGGAUGUCGAUCGAGAACCGAAAGUGUUAGUUCUGAAGAAGAGGAGGACUGGCCAACUUCACCCAUUAUUCCAAUAUUCGAGCAAUGUUAGUACGAGACCAACAACCGGAAACAAAUAUAAUCUACAAA